AAAACCUUCACUGAGCGCUCAACCCUUAUUCGCCGUCAGUGGAUCCACACUGGAGAGAAACCCUAUGAAUGCUGUGAGUGCGGGAAAACUUUUACUCUGAGAUCAGGCCUUAUUACACAUCAGAGGAGCCACACAGGAGAGAAACCUUAUGAAUGCUGUGAGUGAGGGAAAAUCUUCACUGAGCGCUCAACCCUUAUUCACCAUCAGAGCCACACAGGAGAGAAACCUUAUGAAUACUGCAAGUGCGGGAAAACCUUCACUGAGCGCUCAACCCUUAUUCACCACCAGAGAAUCCACACAGGGGAGAAACCCUAUGAAUGCUGUGAGUGCGGGAAAACCUUUGCUUUGAGCUCAGGCCUUAUUACACAUCAGAGGAUCCACACAGGGCAGAAACCUUAUGAAUGCUGUGAGUGUGGGAAAACCUUCUCUCAGAGCUCAGGCCUUAUCGUCCAUCAGAGGAUCCACACAGGGCAGAAACCUUAUGAAUGCUGUGAGUGCGGGAAAACCUUUGCUCGGAGCUCACACCUUAUUCACCCUCAGAGGAUCCACACAGGGCAGAAACCUUAUGAAUGCUGCGAGUGUGCGAAAACCUUCUCUCAGAGCUCAGGCCUUAUCAUACAUCAGAGGAUCCACACAGGAGAGAGACCCUAUGAAUGCUGUGAGUGUGGAAAAACCUUUGCUCAGAGCUUAGGCCUUAUUACACAUCAGAGGAUCCACACAGGGGAGAAACCUUAUGAAUGCUGUGAGUGUGGGAAAACCUUUGCUCAGAGCUCAGGCCUUAUUACACAUCAGAGGAGCCAUACAGGAGAGAAAACCCAAUGAAUGCUGUGAGUGCGGGAAAUUCUUCCAUCGCAGCUCUUCUCUUAUUUAUCACCAGAGAAGCUGCAAGGGAGAUAAACACCAUGAAAAUCUUGUCUAGGGCUCAGAAAAGAUUUUUUUUUCCUUUUCCUAAUU